UUUUAGCUUUUUACAAGGUCCAACUCUGUCCUCUCCCCACAAUCUGACUGUCCAGUUUACAGCCUGGAAUCAUGCACAGCAAAGGAACUUCAUGUUGCUGCUCAUUUGAUGAGUGUAAGCUAGCCACAGAGUGGCUUCUGAGCAGGACUAGACACCGUCCGAAGAUAGCUGUAAUCUGUGGCUCUGGACUCAGCUUUCUUGCAGAGAGCGUCUCCAACAAGCAGGCUUUUCGGUAUGAGGACAUCCCCAAUUUCCCUGUGAGCACAGUUCCUGGCCAUGAUGGGCAGCUUGUGUUUGGUCAUAUAAAUGACAAGUCCUGUGUCUUCAUGCAGGGCAGGUUCCAUCUAUAUGAGGGUUAUUCAUUGUGCAAGGUCACAUUACCUGUGCGGAUUUUCAAGCUGAUGGGAGUGGAGAUGAUUAUAGUAACAAAUGCAUCAGGAGGCCUCUGUCAAGACUUCAAAGUGGGCGAUAUUAUGAUCAUCAAGGACCACAUUAACUUGCCAGGGUUUGCUGGACAACAUCCACUUUGUGGGCCCAAUGAUGAAAGAUUUGGGAUCAGGUUCCCAUGCAUGUCUGAUGCAUACAGUAAAGAGCUGAGGAAGCUGGCUUUGGACAUCAGUACUGAGCUGGGUUAUUCUGACUUUGUGCGGGAGGGAGUUUACUGUAUGGUCAGUGGACCCAAUUUUGAGACAGUUGCUGAAGCCCGGAUGCUGCAUAUCCUUGGAAGUGACUCCGUUGGUAUGAGCACAAUCCCAGAGGUGACUGUGGCCAAGCACUGUGGCCUGCGAGUCUUAGGCCUGUCUCUCAUUACCAACAAGGUGUCACUGGACUACAGCACUGAGGAGAAGGUCAAUCAUGAGGAGGUGCUACAGAUCAGUAAGAUGAGGGCCGAGAUGCUCCAGAAUGUGCUUAACAACUUUAUUGCCCGCUCUCACCAACUGGAGACCAUCAACAGCUGCUAGAUAUCCUUUAUAUGGACUCUGUAUGGCAGACUGAUUUUAUGCAGAUAUCCAGUUUUCCAGAGCUUGUUACAAUUUUUUACUCAAGCAGUGUAUUUUUCACUCAUCCUGUAUAAUCUGGCAAUGUUUGACGAUGAUGUUUUGAGUCAGUAUUGUCAUUGUAAAUAAAAAUGCAAUAAAUAAAUAAAUAAAUAAAUAAAGA